AUGGCCGCCAUUAACAAAAUUCAAGUGGUUUCCAAAGAAAUGUUAGGGCAAAUAGCAGCAAAAAAUGGUGAUACCAAUCUUUAUGAACCCCGAGAUGCCGGGGAAAUGAUUUUUCACUUCUUUGAUGAAGUUGAGGAGUUUUCAUCUGGUAGUUCAUCAUGUGGUUCUUCUAGCACUGGCUUUGAUGGUAAAGAAGGCGUUUAUCAUGAGGUUGAGGAGGAGGACGACGAGGCAGCAGCUGUCGACACCGCAGAAAAUAGUUCUAAGGCUGAGGUGGCUAAAGCUUUUUGGGACUCACAAGAGGAGCUUUUGCUGUCAACUUUACGUCGGACCACGUCUUUUGAAUUAAAAAUCAGGAAGGCAACAAAGGAAGCUAUAAUGGAGUUAAAUGCCACUGGUGUUAAUUGUGUCUGCCAGAAAAGGGCUGUUGAUGGCUGCCGGAAAUGUAUGCGAAAAGGAGUCUGUGAUCGGCUUCAGAAAGGUGGAUUUAGUUGCACCAUUUGCAAGUCCAAGUGGAAAAGCUCACAGGGGAUUCCAGCCGGGGAGCAUACCUACAUGGAAGUAGUUCAAGAUACAGGACCUAAAAGAAGUGAAUUGAAGGUGAUCAUUGAGUUGAAUUUCAAGUCAGAAUUCAUGAUGGCAAGAGGUUGUGAGGAAUAUAACCGGCUACUUGAACGAUUGCCCGAUGUAUACGUUGGAAAGACUGAAAGACUCAAAACUCUGACCAAAAUACUGUGUUCUGCAUCAAAGAAGUGCAUGAAGGAGAAUAAAAUGCAUAUGGCACCAUGGAGGAAGCAUAAAUACAUGCAAGCUAAGUGGCUUGGCAAACCUGAAAAGCAACCAACAUUAAUCUUGCCUGAACUGCAUAUGGAAAUCAGGCCAUCAAGGCCCAAGGCCUCCAUGCUUACCUUUGACUUUUCGGAUAAUUUGAAAAUCUUGCACCCUGCAACCAUGAUUAAAGUCUUGUAG